ACCACAGUUAACAAAACAAAAUUGCUCUUUGUAAAAGUCGUGAAUUUGCUGAAAUAUGUUUUAUAUACAAAAUAGUGCAUUAUUCACAGCAAGAUCAAUAUAAAAAUGGAAUUAUCUCCUAGUGGACAAUCUGUUGAUAAAAAACCCAUUUUAACACCAGACGGACUUAUACAAACAUCAAAUCCUUCCGAAAACAACACGGCGGCCGAACAAGCUUCCAACCCAUCAUCGCCGGCAACAGGCCAAAGCACAAAUUUGAGAGCGAUUUUACCUGUCAUAUACGAAAUUAUUCGCUGUGUUGAAAAGGACCCCCUUGAUAACGCGACCAAACAACGGGAAUCCCAAGAGUGUAGUCAAAAAAUAAUAGAAUUGCAGAAACGUUUCGACAUUGCAAGAACUGAAGUAAAACAGUUGCCAGGGAUAGACUACAAUAAAGAAGAGCAGCUUCAACGUUUAGAACUUCUACGAAACCAAUUAAAGCUUAAGCAACAACUUAUUCGAAAAUAUAAGGACAUUCAGCUUUAAAAAAUUACUUA